AUGCUGAGGUCGCCCUGUGCUGAUAUCCGUGCAUGUUUGCGGUCUGUGUCUUUGGUGACAAACAUACUUUCAAGACCAGCACGUCUUUGCCAAGAAUGUCAGCGACGCUUUAUAUCUGUCAAGAAAAGACCCAGCUGGUACAUUUUGAAUCUGACAACUUCAAAAGCUGGAGAGUCCUUGUUGCCGAACAAUACAUCCUUUCUCUUGCACUUAUGGAAGAACCAGAACGUCCAGGGGUAUUCCUGUGUGAGUAGGUGCUGUUUCUCUGCAACUCUGAACAAAACUAGCAACAAAAAUGCCACCCCUGCCAGUGAAAGUAUAUCUAAGACAGAAUCAGUCACAGCUGAACCACCUGAGCCUUCAGGUAGGCGACUGCAGGAACCAGUGUCAGAAUCAGCUUCUGCUAGUGCAGCGGCAAGCAGUGGAACAGAUGCUGAUGCUGCUGAGAAAAAGAAAAAUAAAUUACUCCGAGGUAACAUUUCAUAUCACCCAAGAAUGCGUAAACCCAGCCCUAUAGACUACAGCUACACAGGAAAUAUUUAUAUCCUGCCAGAGCGAGCAUUGACUGAGUAUCUUCUUCAGCCCAGUGAUCUUGAGGAACUGCCUAAGUACAUGAGACGCAGUCCUUACGCUGAAGGAACUCGCAUCACUCUCUACCUCAGAACAGAUGUCGAGGAAGUGGCACUCAGCAAAUGGGGUAGUUUUGAUAAGUUGAACAAAGAGAAGGCCAGAUUACGGCAAUCUGACAGCAGUGGCAAAU